CGGCGCGGAGCGGCCGCAGGGCAUGCCAGCCGCCUGCCCCGAUGUUUCACUGGAGCAAGUGGAAGAAGAGGAUGGGAGCGAGCGCCUCCUCCUCCAAGAGACCCGUCUUCGACGAGCGGGAGGACGUGAACUUUGACCACUUCCAGAUUCUCCGGGCGAUUGGGAAGGGAAGCUUUGGCAAGGUGUGCAUCGUGCAGAAGAGAGACACGGAGAAGAUGUACGCCAUGAAGUACAUGAACAAGCAGCAGUGCAUCGAGCGGGAUGAGGUGCGCAACGUGUUCAGAGAGCUGGAGAUCCUGCAGGAGAUUGAGCAUGUGUUCCUGGUGAAUCUCUGGUACUCCUUCCAGGACGAGGAGGACAUGUUCAUGGUGGUGGACCUGCUUCUGGGUGGUGAUCUGCGCUAUCACCUGCAGCAGAACGUUCAGUUUACUGAGGAGACAGUGAAACUCUACAUCUGUGAGAUGGCGCUGGCUCUCGACUACCUGCGGAGCCAGCACAUCAUCCACAGAGAUGUAAAACCAGACAACAUCCUCCUCGAUGAGCAAGGUCAUGCCCAUUUAACAGAUUUUAAUAUUGCAACAAUAAUUAGGGACGGUGAAAGAGCGACUGCGUUGGCUGGGACAAAGCCCUACAUGGCCCCAGAGAUUUUCCACUCCUUCCUGAACGGCGGGACGGGCUAUUCCUUCGAGGUGGACUGGUGGUCUCUUGGAGUCAUGGCUUUCGAGCUGCUGCGGGGCUGGAGGCCGUAUGACAUCCACUCCAACAACCCCGUGGAGUCCCUGGUGCAGCUCUUCAGCACUGUCAGUGUUCAGUACUCCUCAGCCUGGUCCAAAGAGAUGGUCGCGCUGCUGCGGAAGCUGCUGACAGUGAACCCUGAGCAUCGCUUCUCCUGCCUGGGUGAUAUCCAGGCCUCCACGUACCUGUCUGGUGUGGUCUGGAAGGACGUCUGCGAGAAGCGUGUGGAGCCAGGCUUCGUCCCCAACAAGGGCCGCCUGCACUGCGACCCCACCUUUGAGCUGGAGGAGAUGAUUCUGGAGUCGAGGCCCCUGCACAAGAAGAAGAAGAGACUUGCAAAGAACAAGUCGAGGGAUAACAGCAAAGACAGCUCCCAGUCUGAAAACGACUAUCUUCAGGAAUGCCUUGAAGCUAUCCAGCAGGACUUUGUCAUCUUCAACAGAGAGAAGCUAAAGAAGAGCCAAGAGCAGCCGAGUGAGUCCGUGUCUGCCUCCGAGACCACCGAUGAAGCCGAGGCGGAGGCCGAGUCCGAGCCCUCCAACCUGCACAUGUGCAGCUCCGUGUGCUCCUCAGGCAGCAGUUAGGCUGGAGCCCCGGGCCAGGGUCUCUGCCCACGCCACUCACCUGCCUCGGGUGCGCUGAGCACCCGAGCUGACCCCGCUGCCACCCGAGAGCACCCGACAGCUCGCCCUGCACAGCUGGAGACAGAGAGUUCAUACAGAACUGCCCUCCUGGGUUGUGGAGCGCCAGCCCGGCACGGCGUGGGGGAAGACACUGCCUAUGCAACUUGCCAAGGGGAGUUCAACUUCUUUACUUGUUUUAAUGUCAGGUUGCUGAAUGCACUUUUUUAAUACAGCGAGUGGACAAGGAAAGAAGCCGCGUCCUUGAGCCCCACAGGGGAAGACACGGAGCAGGGAGGAAGGCUGAAUGAGUGGUUUGAGAUGAAAUUUUCUCUGUUCAUAAAGGCUGUGUGGGGACAAGCAAUCCCUGUGCACACCGUAGCAGUCCUGAGGCCUCUCCAGUCUGUGGCAGGUGGCACCAGCUCCUGGGAGCCUCCAGCUGUUGGAGUCCUGGAGCAUGAGGACAUCCCAGGCACCUCUUUGUCCUUGCGUCACCUGUCAGUUCCUUUCCUGACUGCGGGCAAAUAAAUGUUUUUUGUGCACUCCGUGGAUUCUUCAGGGGCUGGGUAAAGUGUAAUGGGUUCAGUGUGUGUUUGAGAUGCAGAAUGUAUUUAAAAUAUUUGCUUCCUCCACGUGGCUGCUGCAGGCAUUGGAGAGCCCUGGGGUGGUCUGGAGGGUCUCGUUCUGUCUGCCUGGGUUUGGAGAACACAGUUUAUUAUGGUCUCAGGUUUAGCUGGAGGCAGAGUGAGUGGCCUUGCAAGGCUGAUUGGUUAUGAAAGACAGGAAUAUCUUAUUGCACCCUUCAAUUUACUUUAUUUUCAGUGUAAAGUACAGGUACUGUAUAUAAUUUAUCAAUACCUGUCUUAACUGCGUAUGUAAUGAGAUGGGAGGUCUCCUUCCCCUGCUCCAGCUCUGGAUGUUGCCUUUCUUGUUUUGGGAGCCUUCAUAUGUUGUUUAAUCUGCUAUAGAGUGGCUUUUGGUUACUGUUGCUAAAAUCGAGCCCUGCAGCUGUUGUGGCACCCAGGGGUGUGGUGGGACCGCAGGCACCACCGAACCAUCAACAGUGCUUUGCUGCCAGACACUGGUAGGUUGCAGUGUUUGCAUCCUUACUGAAUAUUCCUAAUGCAAAAAGGGAUGGGAAAAGUUUUUAACAGACGCAGAUUCUUUCAGGACAAUUUUUUGUUGCAGUUUCCACAAAUAAACCAGAAAGGCGUUAAAUGGUACGAAACCAUCUGACAUGAGCAGUGACACGGCCCGUGCAUCUUCCACAGUUUUAUGUGGGAAUUACUGCGUGGCUAAAAUUGUGCAGAAGCACGCUUUCACGGCAGUCCUUACAGGUGUGCAGGAGCAGGGGAGCUGGAGUGCUGGGUCCAGUUGCACAGUUAUUUUCAGGACAGAGCAAGGCAGAUGCUGUCAGACAGGGGGUGGGGCUGAACAUCCCACCCUCGCCGUGCCAAGUGAGGGACCAGGGUCACGCUGGGAGGCCCAGGUGUCACCGUGGGUUGCUGCACACCCUGUGCCUCAUUAGGAGCUGUGUUAAUGACAGCUCAGGAGCGCUGGGCUGUUCAGUGAGCGAGGGCUGAAAUAAAUGCCUUGUCCUGCUCCUUUUACCAGCUGCAGCAGGGCACCCUACCCCAGCUCUGAUCCCGGGCUGUACAGAGGGGACCUGCCCUUUCUACCCCCAGUGACUUCCAGUCUGUUUACUGGAUACCAGGGUGGUCUAAUUACCUUCUCCUGCCCAUCAGAGCACACGUGUGUGUGCAGGUAGGCCAUGUG